AUGGCCGGCCUGUCAGACCCGGAGCUGCGGCGGGAGCUGCAGGCCCUGGGCUUCCAGCCCGGACCCAUCACCGACACCACCCGGGACGUCUACCGCAAGAAGCUGCGCCACCUGCGCGGCGAGGCCCGGCUGCGCGAGGAGCGGCCGCGGGGCGAGGAGCGGCUGCGGGCGGAGGCCCCGCUGCGCGCCCGGCCCGCCUCGGCCGUUCUGCGGGCGGAGCCCUGGGCGUCCCCGCCGGCCCCGACCGCGGUUUUCGCGGCCGCCGGGGCCUACGGGGACUUCCGGGCGCCCGCGGCCGCCUGGCCCCCGAGCCGCGACCCCGCCUUCGCCGCCCGCCCCGCGCCGCUGCGGCGCCGCGCCUCGGCCCGGGGCAGCUCCGAGGAGGACGAGGACGCCCGGUCGCCCGACCGGCCCGGCCUCCGGGCCCGUCGCUGGUGGGCCCCGGCCCGGCCGCCCCCCGGCUUCGGCCCCGACCCGCGCCCCGGCCUGCGGGCGCCCCGAGCGGGCGCGGCGCAGGCCCGGCCCGAGGCGGGGCGGCGGCUGGAGCGCUGCCUGUCGCGGCUGCUGCUCUGGGCGAGCCUGGGGCUGCUCUUCGUCUUCCUGGGCAUCCUGUGGGUGAAGAUGGGCCGGCCCUCGGCGCCGCGGGAGGCGGAGGACCACAUGAAAUUGUUGCCAGUGGACUGCGAGAGGAAAAACGAUGAGUUCUGUCAGGCCAAGCAGAAGGCGGCCUUGCUGGAGAUGCUGCACGAACUCUACAACUUCCUGGCCAUCCAAGCCGGUAACUUCGAGUGUGGAAACCCAGAGAAUCUGAAAAGCAAGUGCAUCCCUGUAGCGGAAGCCCAGGAGUAUGUGGCAAACGUGACCGGCAGCUCCGCCGCCAAGUUUGAAGCCGCACUGACCUGGAUACUGAACAGUAACAAGGACGUGGGCAUCGGUUUGAAAGGGGAAGACCCAUCUGAGCCGGUGACAGCCGUGGACAAGGUGGUCUGCUUGGAAUCCGCCCGGCCCCGCAUGGGAGUGGGCUGCCGCCUGAGCCGGGCCCUGCUCACCGCCGUCACCCACGUGCUCAUCUUCUUCUGGGGCUUGGCCUUUCUGUGGGGACUCCUGAUCUUCCUGAAAUAUCGGUGGCGCAAGUUAGAAGAGGAGGAGCAGGCCAUGUAUGAGAUGGUGAAGAAGAUCAUAGAUGUGGUCCAGGACCACUACGUGGACUGGGAGCAGGACAUGGAGCGCUACCCGUACGUGGGCAUCCUGCACGUGCGCGACACACUCAUCCCCCCGCAGAGCCGGAGGCGCAUGAAGCGGGUCUGGGACCGCGCCGUGGAGUUCCUGGCCUCCAACGAGUCCCGGAUCCAGACGGAGUCGCACCGCGUGGCUGGAGAGGACAUGCUGGUGUGGAGGUGGACUAAGCCCUCUUUCUUCUCCGACUCCGAGCGAUAA